UUUUGAUGAUGAAUACGAAAGCACAGUAAGCCGGGCUGGAGCGUAGCGUCUCAGGGGCUGCGCUCCUUCCAGAGCCCAAGGACUUACAGCUUCCUCCGCUGCCUUCCUGUGCCAACAACCCCCCCCAAAAAAGUUGUGAUGCUUUUCUUCACCCAGUGCUUUGGGGCUGUGUUAGAUCUCAUUCACCUCCGCUUUCAGCACUACAAGGCUAAACGGGUGUUCGCCGCCGCUGGGCAACUUGUCUGCGUUGUAAACCCCACGCACAACCUAAAGUAUGUGUCCGGCCGAUGCGCCGUCACCCAGAGCGCCCCGGAGCCCGGCAGCUUCCCCCCUCACCUCCUCCCCCCACUCCUCCGCCACCACGCCCGCCAGCCCCACCUCCGCCACCACGCCCGCCCUCACCACCACCCCCCGCACCAGGAGGCGGGGCUACACGCUGCCCAGGUGACGCCCUGCACCUGCCCCUUGUUCUCCUGCCAGUGGGAAGGCCACCUGGAGGUGGUGGUGCCCCACCUGCAGCAGAUGCACAGGGUGGACAUCCUCCAGGGAGCCGAGAUCGUCUUCCUGGCCACGGACAUGCACCUCCCGGCACCGGCCGACUGGAUCAUCAUGCACUCCUGCCUCGGCCACCACUUUCUGCUGGUGCUUAGGAAACGGGAGAGGCACGCAGGGCACCCCCAGUUCUUCGCCACCAUGAUGCUCAUCGGGACCCCCACCCAGGCCGACUGCUUCACCUACCGCCUGGAGCUCAACAGAAACCACCGGCGUCUCAAGUGGGAGGCCACCCCCAGGUCUGUGCUGGAGUGCGUGGACUCGGUGAUCACUGACGGGGACUGCCUCGUCCUCAACACCUCGUUGGCCCAGCUCUUCUCCGACAACGGCAGCCUCGCCAUCGGGAUUGCCAUCACUGCGGCGACGGAGGUCUGCUCCUCGGAAGCUGAGAUGUGAAGCAGAGGCCCCGGACGGUCACGUGCAGCGCCCCCCCUUCCCCGAGGAACUCUGCCUGGGCCCUUGGAUCUCAGAAGGCCAGGACUCCAGGCUCCUUUCUAUCCUUCUCCCUCCUUCUCUCCUUCCUUCCUUCCUUUCUUUUCUUGUCUCAGGUACUUUGUGGUAUUUGAUAUUCGUCUGCCAUGGGCAUUAUAUUACGUAAACAUCUUGUGAUUCAAGAUCUGGGUGUGAGGUUUGUCCUGAUUUGUUGGUAUAGUUUUAUAGAACACUUUUAAUCGGAUUCAGUAAGAAUGGUGAUUUCUCGCCACCGUCUCCUUGCAAUUCCCUUCUCUGCUGCUUCUAAAUUGAGCAAAAGUCACCAAGGUCACGAAGCAGACUCUUGGGGUUGAAAGGAGACAGUGCCCAAAUCAUUUCUUCCUUCUCUUUUUAAUCUAUUUCAGAGUGAGCUAACUCUGAAAUGCGUGCCGACAGCAGAUUAGGGAACGGGACCUGGCCAGCUCAGAGGUAUGUAUUUCAGACCAACCAGACGCAAGUCUGCCACCUUCCCAGGAACCUCAGGGGCCACGCUGCCUGGACACAAGGAGAUGGCGUCUCCUCCAAAGGCCAGGGCGCCGGGCUGGAGGCACCACCACGCCAUGUGUCCUCUGGCUUGAUCCCGGGGCUGGGGGGAACGGGCAGAGGUUGAACCCUCUUUUGCCAGGCUGUUAUGAGCUUGCUGUCAGCCCGGACCAUCUUUUCCUGCUCCAAAAUCAAAGGCCUCAAGGGUUUGGUGCUUUCUUCAAAAUCUCUUUGCCGUCUGUUGAGCAAUUCAUAGAAAAGGAUGGGCAAGAUGCAGGGGAAGAGAAGCAGCUGAAAAAGCGAAGGAUAAAAUGAAUCUCCCACCUCUGGGAGGGCGUUCUCUCCUGAGAGAGCUUUAUUAUCAAGUUAUAAAAUCCACCAAUCCUUUCCCUGGGGUGGAGCACGUCUGUAUCAGGCAAAGAGCCCUCUGUGCCCUUGACAGUUCAUAAGCAGAACCACGAUUCGGCAUCAAACACAAGGAACUUGAAGGGUGCGACCAGGUCCUCUGACCUGAAGGGCUGUCCCCAUCACUCAGACACCUGAGAGGGUCCUCUUUCCUUCCCUUACUUCUAAAAUGCUCCGAGGGCCCCAUUCAGCACACACACGCUAUCACUGGCCAGUAUGCGUCCAGCGCCCCGUUGCAGUAUGAAUGAAGAGGCCACGGAAAUCCAUACUGCCUCCAGGUAGAUGGCCUUCUCUUACUCGGCUGUCAGAACACUUUGCCAAACCUCUUCUUGUGGAAGUCUCUCGUGUUUUGAAGAAAGUAAGCAUGUUCAGUCGACUCCGUCUCGUCUGAUGGAAGCUGAAUACCUGUAAGCCUUCCCAGUAGGCCCUCUUCCCCCUCCUUUUGGUCAUUUUUGUUCUCCCCUCGGCCAAUCCCUGGUUGCGGCAGCUACACGGGGCCCCCAAACCCCACACGACGCUCACCAGUGGACCUUUCGCCAAGCAGACGUUGCUCUCGGUCCCGUUCCCUCCCCUGGCCAUCUCGGCUGGGUCCUGGCAGGCCUCCCAGUGAGGAUUUAGUUUCGGGCAGCUUUUGCCCUGAAUGGCCAUCAGCAAUCUUUUCUCUGCCAAAAAUAACUGAUCCACAAACACAGCACCCUUCCCCCCAACAACUGGGUCAUCCUGCAGCCACCUGUGCUGCCAACCCGCAGCUCCAGCAGUUCUGAUGCACACGGCAGGGUGGGGAGAGGGGACUUUGGAAGGAGAAACAAGAUCCUGGUGGCCACACUGACAGGGACAGAGAUAACAGCCAAGCUAGCCCUUGAGGCUGAGCCUACACAAAUGAUCAGUGCAGAAUGGAAGUCAGGCCAGGCAAAGAAGAUUGCCUUUAAUUAUCCUUCUCUCCAUGUACCUGCAGCUGCGAUAGAUCCCAUCACUACCUGUGGCUAUCGUGGACCUUUAAGAAACGGAUCAGGUUAAUAAUAAUAAUAGUACUCAUGGCUACCACUUAUUGAGGGUUUACUAUGUAACCUAGUGAGCUAAGUACUUUGAGUAUAUUAUCUCAUUUAAUCCCCAUGACAACCUUAUGAAGCAGGUACUAUUAUUUCACCCAUGAAGAAACUUAAGCUAAGAGGGAUUAGACACUUUUAAGGUCACACAGUAGCAAAUGGUACAGCUGGGUCUGGAAUUUAGCAUGUCUUGCUCCAAAGUCCAGGCUUCAGACCAAUACCAACUAUGUCAUUUCUAGAAAUUCAUGGACCCAAGGCUCAGAAGGACCGGUCAUAAAUAGUGAAUGGCAUAGAGAGGCCUUUUAGUAGAGUUGUAUUAAAUGCGCCCUUUCAUUUCUUCCCUUUCUCCCUCUUUUCCCAG